UUUGCAUAUCAUUAUAUUUACAUACAGACGAUAACAACAAUCUCACAACGUCAUUCUAAAGAUCAUAUUUCUUCCCUGAAUUUUUGUGAUUUUGUUGGAAUAUCGAAACAAGGUGAAGUAUGGUUCGAUGAGAAAUAUUGCAAAGAGUGCCUUUCCCAGUUUAGAAGCCUCAAGUGGCUGUAAACAAGGCGUGUGCACUCAAAAAUUGACGACAGACAACGGUACGAGCUCUCGGCGCGCUCGCUGUGUAGUGGUUCGGGAUCGGGAGACAACGGAAAACAGCUGAGCCAGGAACACUGCACUGGAGUCAAGUCGAGGGUCAGGGAUUGCAGCUAGCUGGCCACGGAAUCUUACACAAUGUCGUACGUGGAAGGUGCAAGACGAGUCCCUCGCGGAGGCCAGACAGUGAGGCCCCAGCCCGUUAGUGAUAAGUCUUACAUGGCAUCAGUGGUAGACUUCUUCCACGAUGCCUACGCAGGAUCAGCCCCUCUAGAGAACGACAAGAUCAUCUGGGUGAAGUUUGAGAAGCCAGAUGUCACUGAUUAUAUGAACCACUCACAGGAGGCCCCGGAAUGUCCGUUGUUUCUAGUGAUCGGCUACACCAAUGGUGUGCAGAUAUGGAGCAUUCUGGCGAAUGGAGACGCAGAAGAAGUGCUCUCGUUACGGCAAGGCCCCGUCAGGAUUCUCCGUAUUCUACCUACACCUACACAUUCCAAGAACCAUCAUCAUUAUCAGGACAAGAGACCGUUGAUAGCCAUUUGUGAUGGCGCUAGUUCUAGCCAGCCCUUCUGCUCAGUGACUAUCCGCUCGUUGAAGACGAACGAGCAGGUCCAUGCGGUCUCCUUUAAAACACCAGUAGUUGAUAUAGUCUGUAACAAGAGAUUAAUGAUAGUGGCAUUACAAGAGAAGAUAGCAGCUUUUGAUGCAGCGUCCUUCAAGCAUCGUUUCAUCAUUACAAGCUGCUACCUAGCAGGUCCUCCCAACAUUAACCCCUUAGCUCUGGGGACGAGAUGGCUAGCGUAUGCCGACAAAAAGUUAAUACCAUCACAUCAGUCUGGAGGUGGUGUUUGUAGAGACGCAUCCAAGUCAUAUAAAGCUACAGUCAUUCAUGCAGCUAAGGCUAUCACAAAGGGCAUCUCUGUGUUCAGCGAGUCCCUGGGGAAGUACGCCUCUGCCAAGCUCUCCAACUCGCCCCCUAGGUCACCCGGGGAGAGUCCGGGGGAGAAGACUAGUAGCAGUAGCCCCCCUCACAGGCAGGGUACCCCCGGAGUGGUGACUGUGGUGGAUGCAACCUUGCUGGAAGGGGAGUUCAACGUCACAGACGACAGCCCCGGGGACGGCAUGGUAGCUCACUUCCAGGCCCACAUCAACGAACCUGUCACGGCGAUGACCUUUGACCCCAGCGGCAGGCUACUGUUCACGGCGGGCGCCCAGGGUCAUGUCUUUCACAUAUUCCGCAUCACGAGCCAUCCCUGUAGAUCAGGCCUAGGGGCUGUGCAUCAUCUUUAUAUCCUCUACAGAGGGGACACUGCUGCAAAGGUGCAGCAUGUAUCCUUCACAAAUGACAGCCGCUGGGUGGCUGUGAGUACUAUGAGAGAGACUACUCAUCUCUUUCCUAUCACUCCGUAUGGAGGUCAUGUAUGUGCAAGAACACACACAUCUCAGAAAAUAGUCAACAAAGAGAGUCGGUUUCACAAGAGUGCUGGUCUAGAGGAGCUCGUAGAGACAGGAAGAUGGAGUCCCGUACACGGUUUAUCAGAGAGUCCUACUUCAUCAGGUUUCCACACACCGGAUUCUAUCGCCUCCAUCCCCCACAACAACACCCUCAACGUAGCCAUCGGCAACCCCCGCCUACCCCCCUACCCCCAGACCGUCACCAUCCUACCCCUAGAGCAGAUCAAGCUAUCCACCACCCUAGGAGCCGUGGCCACCAGCAUGGCCGCUAGCACCGCCAAGCCAGGCAGGGGCAAGGCACCCACCCAGAGCUCCGGGGCGAGCGAGUACUCGGGGCUGGCGACCUGCUUUGCUCUGUCGAGGGGCCAUGUGCAAGGAGCCAACCAGGUGCCCAGAGAGAAAGACUCUACAAGAGUUUCUCCAAUACCCUCCCUCUUCAUCAUGUCAUGCCAUGGAUUCCUGGUAGAGUACACCUUAGAUCCCAAGGCUACCCUACCGGCUAGUGUCAAGAAAGGAGAUGAUUCCCCUCUAGAGUUGGUUGCCAGCAUGGUAGCACAGUGGAGACUACAAAGGGGUUUCAACUCGCCCGAGUGCAACUUAAGAAUACCUGGCAAUAGUUUAGUACAUCUAUUCAGCGAUGAUGCAGAGAGGUCUAUCACAGCCACGCAAGGAUCUCUGUACCAAUCACUACCUAGGAAUGAAUCCUGUGAGAGUCUGACAUCAGCUCAUAGUAGCAAUCAAGAUACCGACUUUGAUGAGCCUUGGUUAUCACAGGUUGAGAUGGUGACACAUGCUGGCCCACACCGCCAUCUAUGGAUGGGACCACAGUUUGUCUUCAAGACGGUCCCUCAGCCGAGCAGUACCACCAUCUUAUCAUCAAGCUCCUCUGCCCUCUUGACCGAAGGUCUUGAGACCAACCGAUCAGCCAUGGAUAUGACCAUUGAUGACAUGGACCUCAGAUCACUAAGGAUCCAGCCCCUCCGUUCAGACCCACUGCCUACCCCUCAAGCAAGGGAUGGAAGAGUCCAUCGGUUGUCGAGCUGUGAGGGCUCUGCUGGGGCCAGUAUAGAGUACGGGUCAGGUACCUUUGACCAUGCCUCCAACCUGCUAGAAGUGAGCUGUGGAAGCUGGCCAGAAAACUCCCCCAGCCAGCAGAGAAGCUCCGAGAUGCUCGAGGAACACCUCAAGCAGACCAUAGCAGAGGCCAUGGCCGAAUCACCAAGUACCGAGAUGAGACCAUCGGGGAGACUAAAAGGUCACCACCAUCUUCAUCAUCCCGCCCCGGAGGUGGUUGCCGAGAGCAACGGCGUUCUGAGCUCCAGCGCGGGUUCGGCCGACAGCAUCCCGCACUCCUUCGAGGCCCGCCUCUCCCCCCAGCACACCAUGGACCACAUUCUGGUGUUCCCAUCCGCUAACAACAGCUCGCCGGAGUGCAAUUGACGAAGGUUAGGCAGAGUGUGAACGGGGUUUUCACACACUCUCUCACGUACGGCAGUUGGAUAGCUAGAUAAAUCGUCAUUGAUUAAACGUUAAACAAUGGCUCCAUGUGAACCCUGCAGCUUGCAAUCUGCAAUUAAGUAGGUAAUGCUUCUUCAUGAAUCGACGCCUGCCCGGCCUGCCCAUGGAGCAACGCUACGCAUCUAGCAAUAUAUACCCAUCUGCUUACAGCGCCUGGCCUGAUGGCCAUUCAUGACAAUUUGAUGUAGUGUAAACAUGCCUUCAUAACUGGACAUUAAUACCCACUCUACUGUCUGUCUUUGUUUAAAAAUUCAUCGUCUUCAUUCGUGUAUAAUUCGUGUAUAUAUAUAUAUAUAUAUAUCUCGAAAGACUUGCCAUGCGACAUUGCGAUGAGUGUAAGAGCGAAUGCAACUAAUAGUUGCCAGUCAUGUGAUACAUUACUAUUCAAACACACUGCCAACGUGUUCACUUUUAUACACCACACCCCAACACCUGCUUAGAAUAAUUGGGCAAGUCAAAGCUAUUCUAUCCCAUAUGUUACCAUCUACAUCUAAGAUUCCAGUAUACCUGACAAAUGAGUCAAGCUGAUGAUAGCCCUUCCGCAGCUUGAAUCAGACCAAAAAAAAGGUCACAUCAAAUUAUAUAUUUUCAGAUUUAUGUUCACAAUACAGCAACAUACACAGCUCAGUAAUACCAUGGAGAUAUCUCCAUGGUAAUACUGGGUGAUGUAUUGGACAUCCUAUGUGUGUAUUUUUAGGUUUUUACAGUCAUGUAUCAGAUAUGAUUAUUUACGUCUGGGGACCGACCUUUAAACGUCACCAUCCGAAAGACGUGACUCAGUUUCGAACCUGCGUCCUCGGCUGAAUCAGUUUGUAACUUCCAUUGUUAGCUGGAUUACAGGCGCACGCCACAAUUCCUAGUUGUGACUUGCUCAAUUGUGUUUCAUUCUUAAUCUUAGCAA